CACUAUAAAAAAAUCCACACAAGCUCGAGCUAGGGCUGUGGGGAACAGCCCUGGAACAGUAGCAUGAAUUUGUACCAAAUUACUUUGCCCCAGAAUUGUGGAGCUCUCCAAAAACUAUCAAAGUCCACGUUUUGCAGUAUCUCCUUUCUAGAAAAGGCAGCGCCGGGAGCGUGAGAGAAGUGGAAGGUAGGCUACCCUCAUUUCACACAAAAGCACCCUGGCUUCAGCCGUGCCCGCGGAAGCGGGCGGUCAUCCCCCGCCCGGCGGACCGCAGCCAGACCGUGCCGGAGCUUCCCUGGAAGUGUGGAGCGGCGUUACCGUGACCCCCCCCGCAGAGAGGCGGCUGGCAGGGCGGCAGCGCGGCGGAGCCCGCCUGCGGCGGAGCUGGGCGCAGGUCAUGGCAGAAGAAGAGUUGCCAGGCGUUUUGAUUCUGGAUAUAGGAGGAACUCAUGGUGUGCUAGAAAACCUUGCAGCACUUUUGAAGAAACACUUUUGCCUUAUCACCAUGAAGGAAUUUCUUGAAAACAAAAAAGAAAUGAGCAAAAAAAUCCAAUCUAUUUUUGUGUUUGAGUGCAGGCCAACCAUUAACCAGGAGCUUCUAGAAAGCCUGCCUAAUUUAAAGGUAAUUGGAAACUCUGGGGUUGGAGUCGAUCACUUAGACUUGAAAAUGAUUUCUAACUUUGGCGUAAAAGUGACCAACACCCCACAUGCUGUGGCGGACCCAACAGCAGACAUAGGAAUGGCCUUGAUGCUGGCCUCUGCCAGAAGACUAGUGGAAGGCUGCGAGAUUGCAGUUUCUCCAGACACGAAGUAUUUUGCUGUUGACUGGCUGGGAGUGGAAGUAACCAGAGCGACGCUUGGGAUCAUCGGGAUGGGCAGCAUUGGGUACAAAGUGGCUCAGAGAGCCAGAGCCUUCAACAUGAGGAUCCUGUACCAUAACAGGAACCAAAGAAGAAAGGAGGAGGAAGAAGCAGUUGAUGCCCACUACUGUGAGAAGAUAGAAGACUUGCUGCAGCAAUCUGACUUUGUUAUGUUGGUUGUGAAUCUGACUCCUGAGACUCACAAACUGAUUGGGAAAAAGGAGCUGGGGCUGAUGAAACCCACAGCUACUCUUAUAAAUAUCAGUCGAGGUGCAGUUAUAGAUCAAGAUGCAUUGGUAGAAGCUCUCCAGAAUAAGGUUAUUAGAGCUGCUGCUCUGGAUGUGACAUACCCUGAGCCUCUGCCAAGAGAUCAUCCUUUAUUAAAAUUAAAUAACAUCAUCAUAACCCCUCACAUUGGAACCGCAACAGUCCAAGCUAUCCAUAUGAUGGCAGAAGAAGCAAUAGCAAAUAUGCUGGCUGUUCUCAAUGGCCAACCCAUUCCAAGUGAAGUAUUUCCCAAAUGAUGUGUGCCAGAUGAUAUCACUAAAUCUCAUAUAUAUGGGAAGGCACUAAUUCUUACAGUACCACUUUUAAACUAAAAAAAACCAAAGCAACCUGUUCCUGCACUGCUCAUGUAGUUACAAUGCUGCAAAGCUGUCAUCUCACUAGGCUUGAUCUGUCCUGUUAUUUACAAUUCUGAAAAAUAAAGUGUAACUAAUAAAAGGGAUUCGUUUGAAGAUUUUAAACU